CGCGCCGCGCUCCGCUCCGCGCCUUCCGUGGCGCCGCGCUCUUCCCUCCGCGCAAACCAAUCGCCAUUGCUCGUCGUUGUUUAUGAGCCCCGCGCUGAAGGCGAAGUUGACGCCGCUCGCGGGCACGCCGGAGUCGGUCUGGCCCAGCGCGCUACCCCCCUCUCCUCCUCCUCCUCCUCUCCCCACCGCUAUCAUCAUCUUCUUCUGCCUUCGACGUCGUUAUCAUCAUCAUCAUCAGCAGCAUCGCCCGUCGAGAAGAAUUACCCCAGCGUCCACGGGAUCUGUAAUCAUCAUUCGUGAGCCGCAACGGUGAAGAGACACUCGGCUGCCGGGAGGUGGAGGCCACGACUUGUGGGGGGGGGGGGGGUUGUUCAUCAUCAUCAUCGGAAGGUCUUCCUCCUCCUCUUUCAUUCUUCUUAUCUUCUCACCUCAUUUCCCCGCUGCUUCAUCUUCUUGUUCCUUCAUCGUGACCGCGGCCGUAACCGCGAUUGUGACCGCAAGGGAAGGCCCGAUUCAGCUCCCGGGUGAAAACUCGGAGCAGCCGCUGUGGAUUUAAAUUUUUAUUUUUUUCGUAGGUUGUGGUUGGCGGUGGCUGUGGUCGUGGUCUUGGUUGGUCUCUGCAGUGCUACAGCCUCUGGUUCGGCCAUUUGGUCACACGCAGCCCCCAGGCGAGCGGCGUGCGUGUUGCACAGGGGGACACUCAUCGACACUCGAGCAAGCCUUGAACGGAGGAAGGAUAUCGCACCAGCGCUGAGGUCGUGGUGAAGUGUGAAGUAGUCCAUCGCGAUGGAGUUACUGCUACUACUACGACUCUAGGACUGGUGGGUGGGUGGUGGUGGUGGAGAGAGAGAGAUACUCGGUUCGUUCAUCUGCCUCGCCUGGACGUACAACGCGGGUCUUUUGACACGAGGAGCCUUCGUGAAGGUGAACGAGCGUGGGACACGUCUGUGUGUGCACAUUGCCAAGGAGGAGGAGGAGGAGGUUCGUUACGAGCCCCCCUGCCAUUUGAAGUAGAAGUGAUUCAGGGAGGACCCCCCCCCCCCCCCCCCAUUGCCUAAGAGAGUCAGGAGGGGGGCAACGGACGACACCAGCAGCAGGAGGAGGCCGCGGUGGUGGCGGUGGCGGCGGCGGCUCUGCUGUGGCUGGAACACGGUGGAGUGAUUGAGGAGGGGGGCCCCAUCGGUGGAGACAUCAUCGACAACAGCUACACCGCUACACCGAGCUUUCCUCGUCGUCGUGGGCCUGCGCACGGAGGGCUGUGGGAGCCUCCUCGGCUGGAUGCGAGCAUGAAGCCCGGCACACAGGGCCGCUGCAUCGUGGCCGCCUUCACCGUGGCGUGGCUGCUCGCGGUGCUGGCCGUAUCACCCACCUCGGCCAUCAUCUGCUCGAGCAUGGACGUGCGGAACACCGUGUCUCAGCUGAAGCAGCUUGAGAACUGCACCAUCAUCGAGGGCUACCUGCAGAUCCUGCUCAUCCGCGACCCCAGCCCCAGCUACUUCCGUGGGAUCAGCUUCCCCAACCUCACCAUGAUCACCGACUACCUGCUCCUCUUCCGUGUCUACGGUCUCGAGAGCCUCAAGGACCUCUUCCCGAACCUCGCCGUCAUCCGUGGCAACCGCCUCUUCUACAACUACGCCCUCGUCGUCUUUGAGAUGCUCAGCCUCAAGGAGCUGGGCCUGUACGGGCUGCGCAACAUCACGCGUGGCGCCGUGCGUCUGGAGAAGAACGAGGACCUGUGCUACGUGUCCAGCCUCGACUGGACGCUCAUCCUCGACUCGGUGGAGAACAACUACAUCCAGGGCAACAAGCCCGUGAGCGAGUGCUCCGACAUCUGCCCUGACCUGCUCAUUAACGACUGCAAGUGCCCCCGCACCAGCUUCAACGGCCAGAUCUCCUUCCGCUGCUGGAACUCCCAGCACUGCCAGACAGAUUGCCGGUCGGACUGCGGGCGGCGCGCCUGCGCCAACGGCGGCGGGUGCUGCCACAUGGAGUGCCUGGGCGGCUGCUACCGCCUCAACGACCCCACCGCCUGCACCUCCUGCCGCCACUUCUACCACUGGCCCGCCGCGGCCGCCGCCUCCGCCGGCGCCGUCACCAGCUCUCCGGGCGCCCAAGGCCAGGGUCAGAGCGCGUACCAGGGCACGGGCCCCGUGGAGUGCGUGGCCUCCUGCCCCUUGGGCACAUACCGUUUCAAGAACUGGCGGUGCGUGAGCUUCGAGUUCUGCCGCGAGGAGAACCGCAAGUGCCGGGGCGACAAAAUCUGCGCCGAGUACGUGAUCCACGACGGGGAGUGCGUCACGGGCUGCCCCUCCGGCUACAUGACGGACGAGAGCAGCAUGACCUGCAAAAAGUGCGAUGGGCUCUGCCCCAAGGUGUGCCACGUAAACAAGAAGAUCAUCGACUCAGUAACGGCCGCCCAAGACCUCAACGGCUGCACCAUCAUCAAUGGCAGCCUGGACAUCAACAUCCGAGGAGGCAACAACAUCGCGGCCGAGCUGGAGGCGAACCUGGGACGCAUUGAGGAGGUGACGGCCUACGUGAAGAUUAAGCACUCGUACGCGCUCAUCUCGCUCUCCUUCUUCCGCAACCUGCGCCUCAUCAAGGGCGAGACGCUCGAGACAGGAAACUACUCGUUCUACGUCCUGGACAACCAAAACCUCCAGCAGCUCUGGGACUGGGACCGUCACAGCCUGACCAUCGAGAGGGGCAAGAUGUUCUUUCACUCCAACCCCAAGCUUUGCCCCGCUGAGAUCCACCAGAUGGCGAACAAGACGGGAACUUGGGGCCGUCAGGACGAGAGCGAAAUCUCGGGAAAGACCAACGGAAACCAGGCUUCCUGCGAGAGCACCCUGCUGGAACUCACGACCCUCAAGACGAGCCAGACCAUGAUCAUAGCCACGUGGACAAACUACCGGCCCCCGGACUACCGGGACCUCCUGGGAUUCGUCAUCUACUACAAGGAGACGAUAUACCAGAACGUGACGGAGUACGAGGGGCAGGACGCGUGCGGCUCCAACAGCUGGAUGUUCCAGGACCACGAGCCGCCUUCACUGCCCUCCAACAAGGGAACGAACCAGACGGCUCAGCAGAGCCAGCCGCGCGCGAUGCUCGCGGGGCUCAAGCCCUGGACGCAGUACGCCAUCUUCGUCAAGGCCUACAUGCUCACCACUUCCAACGAGGGCCGAAACCACGGCGCCAAGAGCAACAUCAUCUACGUGCGCACCAAUGCCAGCGUGCCGUCCAUCCCACGCGACGUGGUCUCCGUCUUCGCCUCCAACACGACGAUCAAGAUCAAGUGGAAUCCGCCCAUGAGCCCCAACGGGAACCUCUCUUACUACCGCCUCUACUGGCAGCGCCAGCCUGAGAACAGCAAACUCUUCGAGCUCAACUACUGCCAGCAAGGCCUCAAAAUCCCGUCGCCGGACCACUCGCCCGGCACGAUAGACUCCGACGACGUCCCCGGCAAGGGCAACUCAACGGCCGGCGAUGGCCACUCCACUACCUGCUGCGCCUGCCCCAAGCCGGAGAGCGAGAUCGAGAAGGAGAAGGAGCAGGCAGCUUUCCAAAAGGCGUUUGAGAACUUCUUGCACAACACCAUCUUCAUACCCAGACCGCCGGGCAGUAAGUCUGGGGAGAUUGGCGACAGUAGGCCGUCAAGACGGCGGCGCGAGGCUCCGGCCGCCCCCACCUCCCCGUUCAGCAACGCCAGCGUGGUGAUGCUCGACGGCGGCAGAGGUGGCGACGAGCCGCCCUUCUUCGGCCGGACGACGGACGGCCCCGCGGGCGGCGGCGGAGGAGCGCGCACCACCGCGGCCCCCCGUGACAACUUCCCCACGAUGGACAAGGUCGUGCGGCAGCGCGAGUUUGCGGUGAUCGAAGGCCUGCGCCACUUCACGGUGUACCGCAUCGACAUCCAGGCGUGCAACCACGCCGCCGCCGACCUCGGCUGCAGCAUGCAGAACUACGUCUUCGCCAGGACCAUGCCAGAGCCCCACGCCGAUGAUAUCCCGGGCUCCAUGGCGGCCAAGCUGCUCAACAGCAACAUUGUCUUCCUGUCGUGGCCCGAGCCCACCAAUCCCAACGGGCUCAUCAUCCUCUACGAGAUCACCGUCUGGCGAGAGCAGCAGGUGGAGCGGCUGGAGUGCGUGUCGCGCAUCGCCUACCGCAGAGAGGGCCACGGCAGGAAGAUCCACGGCCUGCUGCCCGGCAACUUGACGGCGCGCGUGCGCGCCACCUCGCUCACCGGGAACGGGUCCUGGAGCGAGCCCAUCAGCUUCGUCGUGCCCACACCCUCCGUGGCCCAGCCCAGCCAGGUGAUCCCCGUGGUGGUCAUCGUGGUCUCCCUACUGCUCGUAUUAGUCGCCAUCGGCGCUGGCCUGCUGUUCUUCUUCGUCAAGAAGCGGAAUGAGGCUCGUCUGCCCAACGGGAUUUUGUACGCGUCUGUGAACCCCGAGUACAUCAGCACCAACGAAGUGUACAUCCCCGACGAGUGGGAGGUGGGGCGCGAUAAGAUCCUGCUGCUGCGCGAGCUGGGCCAGGGCUCGUUCGGGAUGGUCUACGAGGGCAUGGCGCGUGGCGUUAUCAAGGACGAGACGGAGACGCGCGUCGCCGUCAAGACGGUGAACGAGGGCGCGAGCCUGCGCGAGCGUAUCGAGUUCCUCAACGAGGCCUCCGUCAUGAAGUCCUUCAGCUGCCACCACGUGGUCCGUCUGCUGGGGGUGGUGUCGCAGGGGCAGCCGACCCUGGUGGUCAUGGAGCUCAUGACCCACGGCGACCUCAAGAGCUACCUGCGCUCCCUCCGUCCCGACGCCGAGAACAACCCGGGGAAGCCGCCACCCACGCUCAAGAAGAUCGUGCAGAUGGCCGGAGAGAUUGCCGAUGGCAUGGCCUACCUAAACGCCAAGAAAUACGUGCACCGCGAUCUCGCCGCUCGCAACUGCAUGGUGGCCGAGGACUACACGGUCAAGAUCGGGGACUUCGGCAUGACACGCGACAUCUACGAGACGGACUACUACCGCAAGGGCGGCAAGGGGCUGCUCCCGGUGCGCUGGAUGGCGCCCGAGUCCCUCAAGGACGGCGUCUUCACGACGCACUCGGACGUGUGGUCGUUUGGCGUGGUGCUGUGGGAGAUUUCCACGCUGGCCGAGCAGCCCUACCAGGGGAUGUCCAACGAGCAGGUGCUCAAGUUCGUCAUGGACGGCGGCCUCCUGGAACGGCCGGAGAACUGCGAGGAUCGGUUGUUUGAGCUGAUGUCGCUCUGCUGGCAGUACAACCCCAAGAUGCGGCCCAACUUCGUGGACUUCAUCUCCAUACUGAAGGACGAACUGGACGCGUCCUUCCGCGACAUGUCAUUCUUCUACAGCGAGGAGAACCGGCAGCACGCCGAGCCCGAGGAGAGCGACCAGGACGGCGAGAACACAGAGUGCUCGCCGCUCGACCCAUCCAGCUCCGGCUCGGGAGUCGGCGAGCCCAACGGGGCCAGCCUACACGGCGGCAGCGGCGGCGGCGCGGCCUCCGCGCAGGCUGCGGGCGGGGCGCGGUGCCGCGAGAACGGACCGCUCUCGCUGCACUUCCGCGGCGGCAGCCAGGCGAGCCCCGCGGCCGGGCCGGCGGCGGCGGCGGCGGCGGCGGCGGUCGCGGCCGUGCCGGGCGGCUGCGCGGGCAGCGGCGGCUGCAGCAACUACGAAGCGCACCAGCCGUUCGGCGUGUCCAACCGAGCCAACGACCCUCGCUACAGCAGCCCGCCGCUCAGGUCGUCGCCGUCAUAACGCCGGCGCGGCCGCCGUAGGGGGACCCUCCGCCGUUUGUGCGCGCCCUGUAACCUCCGGCCUCGACGCGACGAUGCGGUUUCAGCAGGGGGAUGAGAGGGAGUUGAGGCGGCCCUUCCACCAAAGUGGUUUUUAAUUGUUUCGUUGUUGUUGCUUGUUCGUUCCCAUUGGUUUGUGACGAGACGGCGGAGCGGCCGGGUUUAGGGGACGGCAGGAAAAGCCGUUUGCGAUUGUCCCUCCGUCUUGAAGCCGGUGUCCCUCCGGCGCCCGCCGUGAAGCGGGCUACGGAGUCGCCCGGCAUCUUGAGAGUCGGGGCGACGUCGCCGCGGGACCCUGAAUCCGAUCGGUCCGCUUUGAAAAGCCAUCGUGUAGGAGGAAGAGUUCCGAGUCUCCACUUUAACUACCUUUUUAAUUUCAUUCUGUUGGCAGCGAACCAAUCCACGGGACAGCUUUUGGAGCAAAGAGCAGCACCUCUUGGUUUUUCAAAGGAGGAAGUUUUUUUUGUUUGUUAAAGAGGCGACAAGCAGUGUUUGUGCCGGCCUCUGUUGACCCAGCUACACACUACUAUCAAGAAGUGCACCCGCUCGGCAGAACUGUGCGUAGCUUUAUUCUCACUACAGUUCCAGCACUGUCGAUAAGAAAGCAGAACUUUCCUGGGGCACGGAGAGCGACUGACGACGAAUUUGUGAAGACUUUUGAGAGGACCCCGAGGGAGGAAGGUUCCUUUGUGGGUUUUGAUUUCCCCACCCCCACCCCCCCCCCCCCCCCGAUUCAGCUGCGGAAUCUUAAGAUGCCAAAUGUACACGACGUUGGUGGAAUACACGAAAACGCUUUUCAUUAGUUUUUUUCGGAGGGUUUGUUAUUUUGUCUCGUGUUGGUGACCUUUGUGGCCCCAGUGCUGCUGCUGCUGCUGCUGCAUCUGCUGCGUUCCUCAAGAUCUUCCGUUGUCCCCAACGGAACGGCAUAUCGGGCACCAUUUUCACGAGCUUGUGCGUUGGCCGCCGUUUCCGUCUCGUCGUUCCGAUCUCGUGACCGGGCUUGCGUCUGUGCGUGGGUCAAGUUUUGUGCUUUUCGAAUGUUUCAAAAGCAGUGUGUAAUGGUGAAGAGAGGGGUGGCAGGUGUUCUGGGAGAAAGCUAACAGCACUUAACUCAAUAUGUUUGCAGAUCCCUUACAGGGGAUUUUGUAUUUUUGUUUUACUCUCUUCGUUAUGCGUUUUUUCUUAUUCUCUGAGCCUACACUUACAGUACUGACAACUGCUGCUAAACAGUGCUUACACAUUACAAACAGGAACAUUUGCUUCGACGUUUGUUCCUCAUCCGAAAAUCGCGCACGUGCAAAUAAGCGCCGUGAUCCGCGGCUGUACAUAAGGAAUGUUGGAGGGAGCUCGGGGGUGCGUCUGUCGCUUGUGCUUUGCAUUUUCCUGAUUAACUGUGAUAGGCAUUUAGCGUUUGAAAAACAAAGUAAUUGUUUUUUCUCGUUAAUCUGCUGGGGUUUCUUUUUUACUUCGUGAAAGCAGAGUGGUUCACCCAAGUGGCAGGAAUUGCCUCAACAAAAUAAAAUGGUUUUUUAUUUCAAAUUUGCGCAACCAAUAAUAAUGAUGAUCAUUACCUUUUAGGAAAAAAGAAAAAAUCUGAGGUAUAAUUUUAAGAGGCCGUUUUAUUUCAUAAAUGUUUCCCCCUCGUGCCCAGGAUGCUCUCUGCAGUGUUCACGCCCAAUCACGAUGGAGUUUAGUUCCGAAGGGACGGAGGGCAACGGUUGCAGUCCGCGCGUCCGUCGCCCAAUCCAUCGCCUGCGCUUACUCUCAAGCUUCGCACGUGGCCGUGCCCCCUCCUGCGACUGUAGGGUCCGGCCGGCACGCUCGCACGUCUGCCCGCACGUCUGCCCGCCGGCCUGCACGCCGCAGCAGCAGACCCACCAACUCGUUUCGAGCCUCUGCUGCUUCUGCCGCCACCGUUUUUGUUAUUUCAGAUCUCGCGCCCUUUCGUCAGGGUUGCGCUUCUUUUAUUCCUCAUUUCGUUUCAGUUGAAACCGCGACCACUGUCGUCGUCGUCGUCAUCAUCAUCAUGGUGCAUUUCAGAUAUCUGUUUUAACCGUUUAUAUUCUCAUCGGUAAACACUACAAAGAAGCAUCUCUGCAAACUCAGGUGUAAACCAGUUCCGUUACAUUCAAUUACCGGUUGUAUAUAUUCAUUACGGGAGUACUUUGGGAGCUGAGGAUUGUGGGAGGAAAGGGGGGCAAAUGAAGCUGGACGGGAAGGCGUUGGUCGGCCCUCGCCGGACUUUGAAUCGUUGCGUAACUUUCGUAGUCUUUCCGACUGUUUUUGUUUUUUCCUGUAGCGUUUUAAUCAAUUCCUCACCGAACCUUUUGUAAUUCUAAAGAUUUUCAUAUAUUUGAAAAGAGAGCAUUUGCUAUGUUAUUUAUUUUGUGAUAUUAUCGAGAGAAACGAGGGGGAAGAAAGAGGAAAGUGCGCUGUCGUGUGACCGUGAAAAAGGAAUCGCGCUGUUGAAGAUUUUAAGAAAUGCAUGUCGUUGAUAACAAAACAAAAGUUAUUAUUUUGCUGUUCAGUUAGUUUACAGUGAGAGUCCAUCUUGCUACAAGUUGUCUUCAACCAUCUCCCUAGUCGCUUUUCAAAUAAAUGUUUUCUUUUGUGUUGACGGUAAACGUAAAAAAAAAACGAUAGAAAAACAAACCAAACCCCUUACCCCCAGCAGCAGCACUGCGUUGCGGUUCUCAUGUUCGUUGCAAUGUCUCUGGACCACUCACGGUGUGGUCUUUUAUUACCUCAACUCACUCCAAGCUGCUCAACACCGGUUUCCAGUGAGGGACGAUGGCCCUCGCUUCGAUCCCUUGGCGCGGGACGGCACCUGGCGCUCCACAGGGCCCAGAGGGGGGCCGGCACUGGGCGGGUCGGGUGGGGUUCCGGCAGGUGGAGGUCACCUGCGUGGGACUCGGACAAAAGAGAAAACACAGUUACAAAACACUGCGUGAAACCCGACGGGGUUGCGUACAAUGCGGCUCGCGACAAGAAUAAAAGGUGAAACUUAAAUCGACUUCACAUCGGUGCCCUCGCACAAGCUGGCAGCUCGCGAAAUCUUAAGGCCACGCGGCCCGACGCGACGCACCGCUUAGCCCAGAGUGUUCGCCGCUCCUCGCCUCGUCAGGCCGUAACAAAGCGGCGACUCUUCUUCGUUCGCGCGAAGCUCGGCUCGCCGCGAGCGGAUUCCGCGGGGGCGGGGGGGGGAGGGGGAUCCGCCAUUCCCACGCGCGUGCGCGCGCUCCAUCUCCUCGGCGGGACGUCCCCACUGGCGGCGGCCGUCGGUCCACUUUGCCCAGCCGCGUUGUGGCGUCUCCGCGGUCUCGCACGGCCACUUUUUGUUGUUGUUGCUGUUGGUGUUUUUUGUGAAGUUCGCGUUUAGGACUUAACUUUCCCGUCAUUUUUGGUCUCGUUUUGGAGGACGACAAGCGUGCCGAGAGACAUUGGUCGGAACCUUGCGGCUCUGCGUUUGGAGGGGCGAGCGGCGAAGGGGUGUGGGCAGUGCGCGAUCGUGGGCCUGUCCUGACGCGGUGACGGAGGCACGCGUGGCCCCGUGUGGCAGCCAGGACUUCCCUGGGCCCAUCGAUAAUUAUAAUCGAUUAUAAUCGGCAACGCUCGCUCGCGCCCGGCGACAUCGUCUCCCUUCAAUUCGGAGUCGGUGCCAGCUCUUAUCCCCGCUGCGAACACCACCCACCCACCUCCACUUUUGAGUGACCGGUUUUUAAUGCAUCCUGGGUCUUCAUCCGACUCCGUAGCAACGUGUGUGCAGCUUGUACUUCAAAAAUGCGGCAUCGUUUGCCCGACUCAAACACUCGUGAACAUUUUCCGAAACGUUACAACCGUUUUCCACGAACAAAAAAACUACGAGAACUUAAAAAAAAUCCCAACUCACUGAAAAUGCCUUAGCCCUCCUGCGUAAGUAAACAGCCGUGCGUAUGCAGUUCUAAAUUUUGACCGUGUUUUGACCCAGACGUUCACCUAUCAAGGGACUUCCGUCACAGGCAAUGCCGGGCGUCGACGUUCCAGCACAAUUGCGUCAGUCACAUGUCACACUCGACCUCGGCAAGUUGAGGUUUUGGGCAAAGUGCCUUUUGUCAGUACACGGACUAACCAACCCCGGGGGUCUGUUUGUUUCCACGUUUGAGACUGGGCCCCGUUUUCAGCGGGCUUGCGUAGUCUCGAAACAAAUGUCCUCGCACAACGGCGCACCCAGCUGGCUAUAUCGGCACGUGAAACACUCUACCUGCAAUCUUCUAAGAAAACGACGACGUGCCAGUUCCCGUGUCGUGAUGUCGUGAUCGUGACCUGCUGGCCCCCGUUCAUCCGCGCGUUUGACCCCCUCCGACCCCCUCCCCUCCCCCCCACGGCACUUUGUGUCGAGAGGGGAACCCGCGCGCGAUUGUGCAGUCGGCCGUGAAACUCGUCAGACGCCAGAUUUUAUUUUUAAAUCAUGACAUCGCAUACUGUUUUCCACAAGAAACUGUAAAUUGUAACAUAAUCACGCUAAGUCAGAGAUGACGAUAUAUAUUAAAAACAAACAAAAAAACUCUAAAAAGAACUAGAAAUCUUUAUUUGGUGUGAUUAAUCGAUGACACCUAUAUUGUCAUGCCGAGGAGAAGACAUUUCCUGUUAAUUGUAUUUAUUUUUUUCUGAAUGUGUUUUGUAGUUAAAUGUUUGCCUUACGCGUUUGCUGUCUGAGCCCUUGCCUUACUCUGUAAGAAAAAAAAAAUCCAGCUUCUGUACGGAGUCGUCUUUGCUUGUAUACGAACACGCGUAAGUCUGCGCGCGUUUUAUGCGGCCACACGGAGCCCUCUUUGGUUGCAGGGCAAGAGAAUCGAUUGACUUGACCACGGGGAACGGUGCUAUUUGAAAGCAUUGAAGGAGCUGCUCCCCCCCCCUCCGUUCGAAUGUCCACCGCUUCGGGAGCUGGGGGUUGUGCGCGUGGAGUGCAACUCCUGCAUGUUUUAAGGCUGCCCGUAAAACAAAAUACAUUCACUGUGCGAACACAAGAACCACCUUCCUCUAGCCCGUGCUAGAGGAAUAAUGGCGACAGCGAAGAGGACUCUCGCGGGUUUCUGUUAACACUCGCCAACGCCGCGAUUUCGGCCCCCCUCGGAAGUGUGAUUCGUGUUAGUAACAAUUAGCAGCGGUGGCUCGGGCCAUAGAGGCGCGCAGCAGAGGAAGCGUCGCGUCCCGUGGCGCUACGUCGACAGCUGGGGGCACGGGAGAGCAGCAGGAACCCCUCCUGCCGAGGGAGUGCGUAAGGAGGAUGUUGUUUGGGGCGGCUUUGUGUCAGUCGUGCAGAGGUCGCAUCUUCCCCUGUCCAUUGCAGGUGGACAGAGCCGAUGCCCUCGACGGCUUCAACCUCGGUUGACGAAGCGUUAUUUUCAACAACAACAACGAUGAAUAUCGUUAUUAUUAACUCGCUCGUCGGUGGGGCCCGUUGCCCGCCCCGUCGAUUGCGGUGUGAGAGACGACGACACAGUCCCCUCGUUGCAGCGCCGGUGCGACUCGGAUCCACGUUUCAGUACGCCGACAAAGUGAAAACAAAAUUAAAGGGAUUUGGUUAAUGAAGGCGACAUGAGGAAAACAUUAGCGCCUCCCCCCCCCACCCACCCUUAUCCCUCACCGCUCGCCCCUCCCGACCCGGCAAGCAAAACCCCCUCUGAAAAUCCCUUUCAAACAGCGUCCCUUGUGGAGAUUUGCGACAAGUUGCAAAUGACGGCUCUCUCGCUCGACCUUCAGUGGAAUUUUCCACUUUGGCACUGAGAGCCAGGGGUUGUAAGGGCACCGUGGACGCGUCUCAACUCUCAGCCGUGCCGCACGUGGGAGCGUCGGGUUGUUCUUUGUUCGUUUUCAGUUGAUAUUAGCAACGUUGUACGGUUCGUGUGACCCCCCACACACACCCCUCCAGCCACUAGAGGCCACUACAAUAAGCAUCAUUUUCCCCACGGCGGUUUCUCGGGAGUAGAAUUGCGAUUCCCCGCAGUCGCGACACAACCAAUCGCGUGCUGAUACGGCCGAAUCUUUACACUUCACCUCACCCGGACCAUUCAUUUAGACGCCGGGCGUAAGAAAAUUCACCCAAAGGUGUGUCUUUUUUUUAAAUGCAACCGGCUACCCAUACCCGUGUCAUAUUUUGUGGCAGGGCUGGCGGCUAGCGGCGGCGUGCGUGAUGACGCAAGUUGGGUCCGUUCAGGCGAAGCCGCAGCUCGGAUCGGGCGUGGAGUGCGCAGAGUCGGAGCCGGAGUCGCGGUAGCAGUGGUGGGGGGGGAGGGGGUUGACGGUCGCCGCGCCUUGCCAAGUCUGCACACUCCACUUCGAGCUCGCUGCGGCAGCAGUCUCGCCCGAGUCGAUUUCGGUGGCUUUUAAUUGGAUCUCGGAAGGCCACGCGGGGUUGAGUCCGGUUCGUUGUGGGUGGGAAACCUGCCCCGUGAAUACGAGGGGACGUGAGGUUGGACUUUGCAGUGGCCGGGUGGUAGAGCUGAAAUAGGGUUGGAUCUGUCCGGGCGGAGCUUUGAUAGUGUAUCCCCCUAAAAUGCGUGAGUUUUUUUUUUCUCCGGGCACUCUGGAUUCCUCAAACAUGCCGAGCACUUGUUCAUAAAAUUGGCCAACCAUCUGGACGCAGGACCCUCGUGAAGGAAGCCUUGAGUCAGCGACGCUUUCCCGUGUAAAUAAAGGGUAACGCAAUUAUUGUCAUAUAAGGAGGCGACUGGCUACAUCAAGGAACACAAUAUAUAAAGUGAUCGAUUGAAGCCCUGUGCCAAAAAAUAUUCACCUUAUAUUCGCAUCAGUUCUUGAUCGUGGUUAAAUUACAGCUUGUGUGCGGUGAUCCAUAAAUGGAACUUUGCAUGGAUCCGUCGCUUAAAAUAAUUGGACAUUUAAGGAAGUUUAAUCGUUAAAAAAAACGUUCAUAGAUGUUGAGGACAUGAAUAAGGCCCAGAGCCAGAAACAUCUUAAUUAGGUGACGUGUCAGAAACAUGAGUGUGGUCAUGGUCUCGGAUUUGGCAGUGCAUCAAAUGUCAAUUGCAUAUCUCAAAUGUUCAUUCUCACGUCGGUAAUAUACAUGUCGUUCCCACAUCUAAAUCCCACAUGUCAGUCCCACAUGUUCACGUUGAUCUGGCUUGUCGAUCAACAUAUCUCUAGCACACGUCAAAGUGGCAUGUCAAUCUCACGCGUCCUAAUUGCAUGUCAAUCCUGUGCCGAUUUCACGCCGCUCUCGCUUCUAUCUGAAACGUCACUCUCCGCGCGUUAUUCGCUUGCCAAUAUUCCAGUCUCGCUCGAACGAUCGAUGGCGCACCUCGUCUCGCGUGCGAAUCCCACCUCGGUCGCGCCGAUUGUUAAUCCGUCGUCGCCAAAGCCGUCGAAACUCUUUAACGAUUUGUCACCACGCGUCUUUGUCGGGUAGUAACGACGCACCCAUGGACUAAAAUAAGAUUCUUACCCCGCGAAGCAGGCGUCAAAUCGCGAGGGUAAAAAUCUAUCGUUUUAACUUCGCGUAGCGGGUGGGUGUGGGGGACGUUGGCGCAUUGUUUGACACACUGCACUACGAACCCGGCCACCCGAGUUUGAUUCUCAACCGCGACCAACGUUGCGUUGAUCUUCGAAUUGCUCCUUGCUGGGUCUCUUCCUCCAGGGACCCACAGUGAAUAGAGUCAAUCCGCGGCCCGUGACCGACGCGGGGCGAGGUCAUCCUUCCUCAUCGUGAAUUGGCAAAAGGGCCGUUCCACGUUUGUACUCCCUUUUCGUAAUGGGUUCAUCGGAGGACUUCUGCCGCUGCCCACUGUAUGCCGUGAACUUCACCACAAUAGGAAAACAAAGGUGAAUGGAUUCAACUCAAUCGUCUAAUUGUGGCCCCUGAAUCAUCGCAAACGGUUCAUGGAAUGGCGAGGCGGGGGCGGGCGGGGGGGCGUCUGGCAGUGCUUAUCAUUACAGGUGUCCGAAUCCUGGUUUCUCUGCGAUGAUGAUGGUGGUGGUGUUGGUGGUGGUCAAAACACGCUGCUGCAUGCCCUCGUUGGGGGUGAAACUGUGGACAGACAGGCCGCGGUUUUUUUCGGAAGCGUUUCCCCGUCGACGGUGGCGCUUGCAUUGCUCUCGACCCAUGCACGUGGCUCUGCUGAUGCUUCAAAAUGUAACCACCCGUGAUGUUAUUAUGCAUUGGCCGGUGACGUGAAAGGAAUCUUGCUUUCGUUGGUUCUUUGUAGUAAAAAAAAGAAAAAUCCUCUUUUAUUUUUACCUAACGUUAAAUCUCCUGCGUAAUGAAUUGUGCUGCUAUUUAAAAAAAAAGGUGUUGAUAUGCGAGGUGACAUGAGCAUCAACAGUAUUUAAAUGCAUCGUUAGUGUGCAUACAGAUGCACUGUCAGUGACAUGUGUUAAUUAACUUAAUUUAAAAUGGACAGCACAUGUGAAUGUAGUAGUAAUUUUGGCUGAAAGUCUGGCAGAUUUAGAAGAAAAAAAAUGACCAAUCUGUCACCUCCGGGAUAAUUAUUGAGACGGACUGAAAACGGGAAUUUGUUCCAUCUUGAAAGCACAAUCUAGCGUGUCUCUAGAUUCAGUACAGUAUUUAAAAAAAAACCAUGGUGCAGAACAGUCCCAUAGCUGCUUCGAGAGGCCCCUCGCUAAGUUGUCCCUUCAGCUGAGCCGGUUGUGUCGGGAAGCACCUCGAGAGGGCUUGGAGAGAGGACAAAGUUUGACGACCCAGUCUCCCUUUGCGUGCCAUGCUCGAGCCCAGUGGUGUAGCGUGGUUGGAAUGGGGCCCUGGCGCAAACUAUUAAAGGGGGAUGGGGCGGGGGGCUCGGAGGUGGUUGUGGAAGGGAAGCUGCCCCCCCCCCAUCCAUCCCUGGUCAACCUCUCCCUCCCCUUUGUCGCCCGGCGCCUGGGCCCCUCUGGCCCGUGGGGUCCCCCGGGAGGGGUCUGCAGUUGCACCGCCUGCACACCCCGACAGCUUACGCCACUGCGAGUUCCACAUUGUACUCGCUCAUCCUGUCGAUUUAUGGAACGUGACUAAAUAUUCAACGUUUCUCCUUUUUUUUAUAAAGACAAAACAUUAAUUUGCGUGAAUAUGGGGAAUUCUGAUUCAGAUGUUUCCAGGGUUUGUGUAAAAAAAAAACACGUACGUCACGUUGUAGGGCGCGUUUUAAUUUGUAUAUUCUGAAAGAAGAAAGUUUAUUUUAAUUAUUUGUUGCUAUAAUCUGUGUAAAUUGUGUACAGUUGUAUUGUGUCCGUUUUAAGCUGCACCUAGAUUUGCUUUUUCCUUUCGGCUUUUUUCAUAGCAAAUUGCUGUUACUGUACUCCUGGUUUAAGUCAAUAAAUAAUAGAGAGAGUUUGUGUGUCUGUGUACACACGCAUAUAUAUUAUCAGUAUGUGUGGUCUUUAUUUUGUCACUUUGUCUAUCAUAAAAUAUUAAACCAAUAAAUGCAAACGUGUGAUA